AUGUUCUCAGCUUUAAUUUUAUUUCUUUCGUUCUUUUCAUGGGCUCUGGCUGCAGGUCUACUCACCGCUAAUGCUAAAUUAUAUGCAAAGGGGGCAGCCGCUGCUGCUCCUGAAGUGCUACUCGGAUAUCUCACGGUGAACAAUACAGCUUACUUGGGAGCCAGUGCAACCUCCACCAACACCUUCAAUAUAGAUAAUGAAACCGCACUCCUUACUGGAAACGAUGGUAGAUUCUGUGUUGUUCUGACAACCAAUUUCUUCACUUUUGCUACAGCUGCUGGUACAGCACAAUUUUCAAUUGUGCAAGCAGCAGGAGAUCGUUUGCAAGUUACUUACAAAGGAGGUAAUAUUUAUUUAUGUAAUUCAACUACAUUAGGAGGACAAGUCCUUUCUACUGUUACUAAUACAGCAACUCCCGAUUUAUGUCAAAUUGUCACCUUGUACUUUGCUGCUGGAUCUACUCUUGUUCCUCCUCCUCCACCACCACCUCCUCCACCACCUCCACCACCUCCUCCUACAGAUCCUACUACAGAUCCUACUGAUCCAACAGAUCCUACUGAUCCUACAGAUCCUACUGAUCCUACAGAUCCUACAAAUCCUACUGAUCCUACUGAUCCUACAGAUCCUACAGAUCCUACUGAUCCUACAGAUCCUACUGAUCCUACAGAUCCAACUGAACCUACAGAUCCAACUGAACCUACUGAUCCUACUGAGCCUACCGGCGAGGAAACUGGUAGUGAACCUACCGACGAACCAGAACCUUCCUUGGCUUCUCUUUUCGCUGUAGAUGAAGAUGGAAGCAAGAUAGCAUUGAGAACCAUUGAGAUUUUGGAAAAAGCAAAUGAUACUGCUGAUGACAUUGCCAAACGUGACAAUAGAAAAGCUAUUGCCGGACUUACUUAUUUGGUAGCAGAUACUGCAGAUGCUUCUGGGUUCUACAUCAAAGAUGGCAAGCUUUACAAUGCUGAUGGUCUCGAAGCUGUUAAUGAAGAUUCCAAAUUUAUUUCAUUUGCAUCCGAAGGAGGAUUGACAGGAUUUGAGCUUUCAGAUAGUGGAGAUAUAUCUUACACUGGAGAAGGUUCAUUCUAUUACUGUUACUUAGAUGGAGGUGAUGAUACUUUCAGAGCAAUUUCUCUUGAAGAUAUCGGAUCUUGUAAUGUUACUUCACUUGUAUUAGAAGAUAGUAGCGAAGAAGAAGAUUCUUCUACCACGAUCACUACUGUUCUUCUCUUCACUGAAACUAGUACCAUUACCGAAUGUCCAGAGUCAGUGACCGAUUGUCCAGACUUUUUAAUAAUCGUCCAUACUGUGACUACAACAUACUGUCCAGACACGGAACAUGGUCCAUAUACAAUCACUUUAUAUGCAGCAGUAGAGACUGGAGAAGAAACUGAAACAUUUACAACGACAAUUUGCGAAACAGUAUGUGAAACUUCUUCCAUCCAACCUGAUUCCCAGGCAACAGAAAUCCCUAUUUUUAAUGGAGCCGCCACUUUAACUAGUGGGGUUGGUUUAGCUAUUGCAGCAGGUAUCGUAUUUUUACUUUGA